UGCGCCCGCCGCGGGGGCGGGGUGCCCCGGCCUCAGCGCCUACUCGCCGCCGGGUGGGGUCGGGGCUCCCUCCAGCAGGAGAACGCCCUUUAGUCUGGUUCAGAUGCGAAAAGUAUUAUUUGAACUCUUGAUCAGAAUGUCAGCUCCGUGGUCGAGGUUUCUGUCCCCGAGAGACCCUAGUACUCUUUUCCUAGGUGCAGAGCAGCUGAGUUGACACUACAAGAUGUUACGGCCCCUUGCCGCCCUUGGCAGAAAAGCGCCGCAGGAUGGAAGGUUUCUGUAAAGCUUAUCUAAAGGUAUAAAGCUCUGUGGAGAAUCACUAACACAAGAAACCGGUUUGCCUUCAUGUGACCUCUUAGUAGGUCCCUAUGUUGACUAGUUGAGACAAAUAUGAAUAGGGCCUUCUACAGUUACAACACAGUCCUAGCUUUUGCCCGGGCAAGAUUCCCUAGCCAUUUUGUCCAUCCUACCUGCUCUUCUCAUUUCCCAUCACUUGCAUUUCUUCACUUGCCAGAGUCCCAUUUAAAUCAAACAUAUGUGAAGAACUAUGGGAGCAAGACGUACCCCUGUGUCAGUCAGCCAAGCGCUAAAGCACUGUCCUUACGAACCAGAACAGCACAGAAGCUGCACACGUCAGCCCGCUGGCUCCAGGAGGCCCCGGGGAAACCUCAGCUACAGCAGGCCCCCCAAAGGCCACAGGAGACAUGCCCUCAGCCCGCAAAAGCAAAAGAGAUUGGUACGAGGACUAAGGAAGAAAAGCGAUCUUACAGACAAAAAAUUAUGGAUGAACUUAAAUAUUAUUACAAUGGAUUCUCUUUGCUUUGGAUUGACACCAAAGUUGCUGUGAGAAUGAUUUGGAGGCUGCUGCACAGGCAGGUGCUGACCAGGCGAGAGCGACGAAGGCUGUUGCGGACCUGUGUUGAUAUCUUCCGCUUGGUCCCGUUUCUGGUGUUCAUAAUUGUACCCUUCAUGGAGUUCUUAUUACCAGUGUUUCUGAAACGCUUCCCAGAAAUGUUGCCAUCAACCUUUGAAAGUGAAUCCAAAAAGGAAGAAAAACAGAAAAAGAAAAUGGCUGCCAAGUUGGAACUCGCAAAAUUUCUUCAAGAAACGGUUACGGAAAUGGCAAGGAGGAACAAGGCCGAGCUGGGAGACGCCUCCACACAGUUCUCGUCCUAUGUCAGACAGGUCCAGACAGGCCACAAGCCCAACACGAAGGAGAUAGUUCGCUUUUCCAAACUGUUUGAGGAUCGGCUAACCCUGGAGCACUUGGACCGACCUCAGCUGGUUGCCCUUUGCAAACUGCUCGAACUGCAGCCUUUUGGAACCAACAACUUGCUCCGCUUUCAGCUCCUGAGGAAACUGAAGUCUAUAAAAGCAGAUGAUGAAAUGAUCGCCAAAGAAGGGGUGAGUGGCUUGACUGUGCCGGAACUUCAAGCUGCCUGUAGGGCCCGAGGGAUGAGAUCGCUGGGUCUCACUGAGGAACAACUGAGACAGCAGCUCAGAGAGUGGCAGGACCUCCACCUGAAGGAGAAUGUCCCCCCUUCUCUUUUGCUCCUGUCACGGACCUUCUACCUGAUAGAUGUGAAGCCAAAGCUGGUCGAGAUCCCGCUCAGUGGGGAGGCUCCAAAGAUGGAUAUUCCUGUGGAAUCACCUACUUCUGAAUCUAAAGAGAACUUGGUGGACUUAGCACCCCAACUGAAGGGAACUAAGGAUGAAAACUACCUGCAGCUGCCCCACGUUAUGUCUUCGCCCCUGACACCCUCAGCGUCGAUUCCACUGCCGCCAGGGCCCAUCACUUCCACUGAAGAAGCUGUGCUGCAGGCCAAAUCACAAAAGGCAGCCCAGGACAGCAAGGCCACUUCCAAAGCAGCCUAAGGACGACUGGAGGACGCAGCCCACCCUCUCCGGCCCCCUGCCCUCGGCAGUGGGUUCAUGAGGGACCUCCCAGCCGAGACUGUCUAGUGUGGGGAGAGGACCUGCCACUUAGUCCUUGGGCAGUCCUUUGAGGCCUCGUAAACAUUCCAGAUGAUGUCAGCAGUGAGACCAAGUUCAGGCCAUUUAGAAAAAUAUAAUUGCAAAGCCCAUUUCCUCUGUGCCAUUAUGUCAUCCCACUAAACUUUGUGUAAAGCCCCCCUGCCCCACACUGUUUUUAACUCCGUAUCUGUGCCCACGUCCUUUAAGGGAGGAACUGUGUAAUGGAACCAGCUUAGCGACUUAGACGAUUCUGCCUCCUGUGGCUUGGUAACCUGCCUAAGAACUUGAAAACUCCGAAAACCAGUGCAAGAGCACCUGACCGACUUUUUCAGAGUGAUCCAUCAGUAGGAACAGCACUUUAUGAGAUGGAACGGGUCUUCCCCAGUGAGGCCUUUCUGGAUGUAACGAAAAAACUUCUUGGAGAAUAAAAUGGGGAGUUAGACUGGCAAUCCAAAAAGUUUGGCUGCUGCUGGGCUGUUCUGCGACUUCCCCCUCUGGGCCUGCAGGGAUCUGGGAGGCUGCCACAACUCGAGCACAUAUGGCUUUCAUCAGCCACCAUUUUGCUAGGAAACAUAAUUAAGGGUUUAAGGCUUAACCAUUUGUUUGUGCUGGGUGUGUGUUUUUCUGGCCUGUCUUUCACAAACAAGACUAUUUGUUAGUCAUAGAGGCGGUUAAAGUCUGAUAGAACUCCUAUGCUACCCAGUAACAAACAUUACAUCCAGGUAUUUGGUGUUUUCUGGAUUGUGGAUACUGAAAAAGCAACAUCACCAACUGCUGUGAAGCUAACCAGCAGUCUUUUCCCUUGGGAAGCGCUUAGGAGGGAAGAGGUGUUUCGGCCUCUGGAUGAUGAAAUUAUAUUUCUUUACUUGCUGUGAAAUUGAAAGCAGUUUGCUGGGAACCAGCUAGACUAAGUGAAACAACCGUCUCUGUCUGGGAUCACCUAGAUGAGGGCUGUCGUCAGCACUUCACAGCAAGGAGGUGCUUUUAUAAGCUUCCUGACCCUCCUUUCGGCCGAAGGACAAGCCCCACCAUGUCCCACGGGUGAACUCCAGUUCCUUGAGAACAACGAACCCCUACUAUACAGCAUUCCAUGGAUCUUGCCAUUGCCUGGCAAAGUGAUUCAUAUUAACUUCCCCACUUUUAAAUAAUGGGUGUUUACUUUAAUUAGUUCGCAUUUCAAGUGUUGAACUGUGGGAAAGGGAUUAGCUACCUGUUGAAUCCUGUUUAAGCUGAAUGAUUCAUCUGUAUUGUUGGGCUGCGGUCUUUCUGCUGUGUGCGACUCACGGAGUGGGGAUGGGGAGGUCAAGGGGCCCCUGGUCACUUCUGGCCUCAGUUGGCUCUCACCCAUUUCU